AUGGAUCAAUCAAGUCCAGAGCAUGAUGCCAGUCCGGGCACGCAGUUUGUCCCCGUUGCACCAAAAGAACAUGUCGGUUCCCUUCAGACACGUCCAUCAUCUUCAUCGUCACACACCCAAGUGUCGCACCCACGCUCGCACGGCCAAGGGCACAGGCAUCAUGGCUGCCACAAGGAGUCACUCGACCCGAAGCUCGACAUCAACCUCCCCUACCGCACCCUCAUCCGCAACGCGCAGCUUUCCGAGUACAGCGUCGAGAUCCCAUCCGGCACCUUGCCUGCUUCGGCCUCGCAUCCGCAGUACCAACUCGUCACAUUCACGCCCAAGGACGCCGGAAACCCCAAGAACUGGUCCAAGGCGUACAAGUGGUACUGCACAAUGGUGGUGGCGCUGACGUGCUUCGUCGUUGCGUUUGCGUCCGCCGUCGUCACGGCCAACAUACCGGGUGUGGCGGAGGAGUUUGGCGUCAGCGAGGAGGUGGCCUUGUUGAGCAUCUCGCUCUUUGUCGUCGGCUUUGGCGUCGGACCCAUGGUGUUUGCACCAUUGUCGGAGAUAUACGGCCGGAGAGUCAUAUACGGCUCGACGUUGCUGAUUGCCGUCAUCUUCAUCAUCCCCUGCGCCGUGGCCGAGAACAUGACGACGCUUCUCGUCUGCCGAGCCAUCGACGGCAUCGCAUUUUCAGCUCCCAUGACCCUCGUGGGAGGCACACUCGCCGAUCUUUGGAGGAACGAGGAGCGCGGCGUGCCCAUGGCCGCCUUCUCUGCCGCGCCGUUUAUCGGUCCUGCAAUUGGUCCCCUCGUCGGUGGUUACCUGUCGGACGCAACCGGCUGGCGCUGGCUCUACUGGAUCCAGCUCAUCCUCGCCACCAUCGUCUGGGUUCUCAUCACCUUCACCGUGCCCGAGACGUACGCACCCACCAUCCUCGCGCGCCGGGCGGCCAAGAUGCGCGCCUCGACGGGGGAUGAGAGGCACGUGACGGAGCAGGAGCUCGACAUGCGCCCGCUGUCGGAGAGGCUGACCAUUUUCCUCGUCCGUCCGUUCCAGCUGCUGUUCGGGGAGCUCAUCGUCUUCCUCAUCUCCAUCUACAUGAGCGUGCUCUACGGCCUGCUCUACAUGUUCUUCAUCGCGUUCCCCAUCGUCUACCAGAAAGGCAAGGGGUACUCGGCCGGCCAGACGGGCUUGAUGUUCAUCCCCGUGGCCGUCGGCGUCAUCUGCUCGGCCCUCUGCUCGCCUCUCGUGAACAAGCACUACGUGACGCUGGUGCGUCGGCACGACGGGCGGCCACCGGCCGAGGUGCGGCUCAUUCCGAUGAUGGCCUCGUGCUGGUUCAUCCCCGUCGGCCUCUUCAUCUUCGCCUGGACGUCGUACCCGGAGCUGUCGUGGGCCGGCCCGGCCAUCGGCGGCUUCCCCGUGGGCUUCGGCUUCAUCUUCCUCUACAACUCGGCCAACAACUACCUCGUGGACUCGUACCAACACCAGGCGGCCUCGGCGCUCGCCGCCAAGACCUUUAUCCGGUCGUUCUGGGGCGCCGCCGUCGUGCUCUUCACCGAGCAAAUGUACGACGGUCUGGGGGACCAAUGGGCGUCGACGCUGCUGGCGUUGGUCAGCCUCGCGUGCUGCGCGAUUCCUUUCCUGUUCUGGACGUUUGGCGCGAGGAUCCGGAGGCGGAGCAAGCACGCGUACGGCGGCGAGUCCGACUCCGAGCCCGCGUCGGGUUCGGACGUGGAGAUGGCCAAGGCGAAGGGGGGUGCCGAGGGGGGUGCCGAGGGCGGCGGCGUCCCGCGUGACGAGGACGGCGAUGACGACUUGAGACGGGCGCGGAGCUAUGUGAGCAACCCGUGA